AUGAAGUUCGCAAGUCUCCUCGUUGUCUUUACCGGUCUUUUACUUUCUGUUGUCUCUGCCGAACGAUACCAGGCCAUCCUUAGAUUUUUACCAUCACCUCACAUUUUCCCAACGCCUUAUUUCACUGUGAUUGACUUGCCAGCCCUCGAAAAAUCGAUUCGCGUGAAUUUGUGGCAAACCGAAAACCCCCAAGAACUUACUCAAGGUUAUCCAGGAAAAGUAUCCAGAGGUUAUGUUGAGGUUGAUAACCUCCCCGCUUUUGAUGGACGAUAUGCAGCGCUUGUCAAUGAUGAUACAGAAUAUCUCCAGUUGAGAGUCCACCACAAUGAUGGAUACAUGUUUACAUUCAUUGGUCAAAGUGCAACGGACGAAGCAGUUACAAACAUGAAGGUUCGAGCGGACGUGAAGCCAUUGGAUCAAGACCUAUGGAGCUGGUGGUAG